AUGCAGAAGGUGUAUUUGUCUUCUUCUGUUGCCUGGCCAACAGCUUUUAGCCAGACUGUUUUCCUCAUACCUUCAAGUGUUUCUGUCUUGCACAACGGAAGUUGGCUGCUCUCGAAUACUACUGUGAUCGCAGUUGUCACAGUGAGACAUAGCACAGCCCCUGCUGGACAAGUGGUGAUGCACGUAAGUCCGCAUAUAACUUUUGUCUGGAAUCGUUUGUUCGUAUUCGUGUGUCAAGGUGUGCAGUUGGAAGUGAAUGGCAGCCCCUUGACUGCUGUCCAUGUUUGUGUCAGCAGGACAAAGAACAAAGGCUGGCAGGCACACCUUGGGCGUAGUUAG